AUGACAGUUACUUUUCUGUGUUGUCUUCAAUCGACGACGAAAUCGUCAAUGAAUAUGUUUCUGGUUUUCGCGAUUUUAUUUCAACUGCUUUUUGCUGUUCAUUCAUUUGCUGAUAUGUGGAAUAUCACAUGUGCUGACAAUGGAACAGUGGUAACCUGUUGCAGUAUGUUAAUUUGUUGCCUUUUAAAAGAUGCUGAAUGUGUGCUCAUGCUUUCAAAUGCUUUACAAUGGAUAAUUGUUGUCGUUGAAAGGUUAUAAACAACGUAAAUAUCUGAAAAUCCAGGAUAUUGUGAUAUUACUCACUUUUCCCUCCGAAAAAAUAUAAGAGACACCUGGUAUUUUCCAUUACACUGAAUUUGGUGAUUAUUAAAGUAAUUCUUCUUUAAUUUUUUGAAUGCAAACACGAAUAAGGUCGCUUCAAAUAAACCAAAUACGAAAACCGGUGAUGAGAUCCGAUUAAGGGAAUAUUUGCAGCGUUUUAUACAUAUUUAACACCUUCUACAUUCAAAUCUUUAGGAGGACUAAUUUUUCAAAUCGUCAAUGAACUCAAACUUUAAAUGCGGUUUACCUUUAUGAGAUGAAAUAGGUAUCAUUCUGUAAUAAUGAAUCUCUGUCUUGCAGUUACAUAUGAGGAAUGAUAUGGUUUCUGUGAUUUCCAUAAAAUCACCACAACUGGUUAAAGGUUUGUGGUCAAGUUAGAGAAUAAUGAAAGAAUAUUAGAAUACAAUUGAUAGAUAUACGAUGUUAUUACAUUAACGAUAUGUUCUAUCCUUGCGACAAAGAUACCAAUUCUAAUUAAAUCUGUAAAAAGAAUUACUUUUCCGCAUAAGAUUGGAAGCCAAAACAAACUUCAUUUCAAUAACAUGUCAAUAAUGAUAUGAAACAAUGAGGAAAUAGGUCCUCACUGAUUGAUCAGUACACUGGUUUGUUUGUUCGCCUGUAUACUAAUAAGGAUUUCUGCAUUACAUUUUCGAAAGUUUGCCUACAAAAAUCUAUUUUCAGCACACCUUAGACGUUUAAGUGAUAAACACCGAAGAUUUGCAGUCUGUAAAAGAGAUGUGAAUACAGACAAAUCAAAGUAAAACAGGUCACACUUAUCAAAAGUAAAUGGCUAUGGUGACUAAUCAUUUUACCUCUGAUUCACUGCAAUGAAAUAUACCCCACUCCCUUUUAAAUACAGCGGAGAAAAUCCUAGUUCAGAAGAUGAAAUUGACUGACGUGGUAAUCAGAGACUUCUCGGAAUAAGAACCUUGUUUGAUCACGUAAUAUUACCACUAAUGAAGUGGAAGUUGAAUUUAGCGUUGUUUCCCAACCACCUUUCAAGUACCAUGGGAAUGAACGGAUGGAACUUUCAAAAGUAGGUUCGUUCACUACCAAACAACGCAUCUUCCUCUCACUAGCUAGACGUAAAAUUACUUAAUUUUCAGUCACAAGUAAAAUCAGUUUUUCUGCGAUUUUAUAAUUGCGGUGGAUAUACCUCUUUCCUUUGUAAUUAUGCCAUCAGCAGAUGCGAAAAUAGCUGAAGUAACUGUCCUACCAGUAAAAGCUUUUUCCUAUUCAGUGUCUCAAUUUCUUAGUUUUUUGUUAUACAAGGACUUAAUUAACCCUAUGCAUUAGAUUCAACACUAAGGCAAUAAUGAAGGGAAACCCAGCUUUAAUACGUUUUUCAGCAAGGAGACGUACAUGUGUUUUGUACUUUCGAUUUCAUUGGAGUAGAGCAGAUACUGACUUGGUUAUUUAUGAAUUAUAGAUAAUGAUAGAAAUGGUAAGUGACUGUUACUGAUAAAACUCAGCCUUUGUAAGUGCGACUUGAUAACCACGAAACGUGUCUGUAACGCAGAUCAGUACAUUAGCUCAAUAAAAGCACAGCUGUUGUUUGGCUGUGACUCAUUUUGAGGUUUCUUGUUGGAUGCUUUGUCUGCAGACUAGGUGACUUUCUCUCAAUUCAGUUCAUCAAAUAGUUUUAUCUUUUUAAAUUUGUAAUUUGUUUCAAGUUGUUAAGCCAUUAACCAGAACAUGUACGUUUUUUAGAUGGCAUUUGUUGCAGUAAGUCAGUUUAUUACAAAUGACCUAAUCCUACGAAUUUUAACUCUCAGAAUCUUCUCAAUAGUGAAUCCUAAGAAGAACCAAAUGUAUUAAAGAUAAUAAGCACUUAAAAACGUUUCCAGUUGAGAUGACUAAAAGCAGAAUUUCAUUGACUGAUUUCGACAGGUAGGUGCAACUGUGUUCUGGAGAACACGGUCAAACGGCAGCCUAAUCUUACGUUGCAAUUAAAUGUCCAUUUACCUAAUGUAAAGGUACAUUUUGAAGUACAUCGAAGUUGUGUUCCUGUCUCUUCUGCAAAAGAUUAUGCAAAGUAAUUUAAGCUGAAUAUAACUGCUGCUGCACAGACCAUAUGCUAUAACUUUUUACGUUUCUUAUGCACCUAGCAAGAAUUCAAACCGAAUGUCAUAGUACAUGAAACAACUGACUGCUAAGUGAUCAUCUUCCUUUCUAAAGGAAUUUACAUGCAAGUAGGUUCAAGUAAAAGCAUCUUUCGAACAUCAGAUGUAUUACCAAUCAUCUGGGACUCAAUUUCAUUUUAGCUCUUCUAAUCGUUACGUCGACCUGUCGUAAUCAUCAUCAAUAACUCUCUAAACCUAAAUAGAUAUUAACUUUAGCUUUAGCGCAUCAUGUUCGCUCUACCUUCACAUCAUAGUUAAGUGAGAUAAAAUGCAUACACAUAUCGUUUCAUGGCAGUGCAUCAUAUAUUUGAUAACUUAUGAUGAAUUACUUUCACUGAUUGCAGAUUAUUACAACGAAGGCAAUUUUUGUUGGGACAAUUCUAGUGGUAAGGUGGUUGUGGGUGUUUAUUUGACAUAUCAGUUAAUAUUAUACGUCAUUCCUAUUGCUAGCCACACAGUAAGGAAAAUAAUUGACUGUCAAAUGAUUUCAUUUCAAGUGUCGUGUUUCUUAUAAGUCAUAUGAAGGUAGCAUGUAACAUUGCAUUGAAAUAACCUUUCCUCAACAUAAAAGUCCCGAUUAGUAGCAGGAAUUAUAUAUCUCACCUUGAAAGCAUGUAGUAAGUGGAAAUGUGAGAAUAUUCGAAUCCAUACUUCGUAUCGUUAGAUACUUUUAGAAUGAACUCGAGAAGUUCGCGAUGGCUCGUAGUUAAGUAAGUAGUGUGUAUGCUUACAAUUUUUGAUUAGAAAGCAAUAGACAGAUUCCAAUACAUACAUCAAAUCAGUGUGUGGUACGUAUUUUUUACGGCCACUUCAGAAAAACGAUGUGCAUAAAAAUUCGCAAAUCAUGCUGUAAAUUGGCAAUGGAACACCCUGCAGACAAUAAGAUAUAUAAAUUCUUCGAAUCCUGAACACUGAGCUGGCAGUCGUGAAUGGAUUGUAUGAAAUAACCAGCUUUCACUUUUCUCAGGCUUACUGUUAAACUGAAACUCACGAAAGAGAUUAACGUUUUACAUUCCCAAGUGUGGUUCGAGAGUUGCUAAAAAUUGAAAAACGGGAGCCAUAAGUGUCAGUCACAGGGAAAAAAUUCGUAUCCCAAGAAAAUAAAAGUAUAUCCCGUUUCAAAUUCGUUGAACUGACGAGGAUUAAAGUACGAAAGGCUUUCAAACGAAACUAUUUGAAAAUGUAUCCACUUUUACUUUACACAUACAGUCAGAAUCAAAAGGCAACACAAACCAACUGAGCUUUCAGUGCAGCAUGCGAAUAAACUAUAAGACGCGUUAGACGUUUUCGGGAAAUGAAACAAUUACCAAAUUUUAGCAAUCACGAGACAGAGCUAAAUGUGAAUUUGUGACUAUGAUAAAGAUGGGUCAUUAGAUGCCAGCGAAAUCAUUCUACCCGUUUCACCGUAAAAAUCAAAUUCUAUGUACAUAGUUUUCAAAUGUGAUGAUGUAGCUAAAUGGAUUAGUCUAUGCGCUUAUUACUAGAUGUGGUGGUGGGGUAGAAUUUGUCAUCAAAGGUGCAGUUCAAUCACAAAGUGUAUGGAUUUGGAAAUUUUUCUGUUUGACUGAAUACCCUUUUAGUUCGCUCUAAGUUUGACUUUGAUGACAAUCCGGCCAGCAGAAUCUGCGUUGUAUACUUUACCUAUGGAUUGUUAUAGCACAGUUCCUUCCCGAUGGCGUCGAGUUGUUAUCAAAAGUUAAGGUUAAAGUAUUUCUCUGUUUUGAUGAGAAAGAACACAUGUUUGCUAAAGCAUGAAAACAUCAAGUGAAUUUUUCGCCAAUUUAUAAACCCAAAAGCAUGCAAAUUACUACAGCUCUCUGAUUUUCCCCUUUGUGUAAUACAACCGAAAGUUCUCAUCUAUCUAGUUUGACGUUUACCCGCCGUGAAAUUUCAACAUUUUCAUGCUAUUAUUAUUGUUAUAUGUCUUUGUUUAGCCAUAAACCACACAGAUAUAUGUAAGCACGGUUUACCGUCCAUACAUACCAGAUAUAUGCAGACAUACCGUUAGUUAAAAUGAAGUUAUUUAAGAAGCAUUUAAAUGCUGUAACAAUGAUGAAAGUUAACGAAUGUGACAGAUUCCUAUUGGUUUUUUCCUUUUCAUCACCUGCAAUAAAAAUAAAUCCUUGAUAGUGGAAACAGUAACAAAUCAACAUUCAAUAGCAUACACAUCUGUUUUUGAGACAUAAUAUUGCAUUUCUGUCUUUAUUCUGUUGCUACCUCCUACGUCCUUAUCCCAUCCUUAUCAAACUGGCAAACACGAUGAGAAAUCGACAUCUGCGUUGACUACGUCAUCGAACAAAUAAUGAAUUCAUCAAAAACUUACAGAAUUUUAUGGGAUCCAAAUAGCCUAAGGGGUUGCUGUAACUACCGUAAAUGGAAAUCGUUGACGGACAGAUGAAGGUCACAGGCUGUUGGCUGACCGUUCAUAUCGAUCUCCCUAAGUAUGGACAUCGGUCACUUCGUCAUGGACAUAACGUAGAUUAUAUCCGGAACUACCUAAAAAGAUAUUUUGAAAUUGAUUUUGUAAGUAACUGAUUACAGAAGAUGACUGGUCAAGACAUAAAGAACUGCAGCGAAUCUACCAUUUUUCUCUAACCUUUUUGCACAACCUUUAGAUGUCGCAUGUCCUUAAUGACAAAUGUAUUUAGGCGACAAAUUCCAAGUUAUUGAAAUGCAACUAGGUUUUUGGUAUUUUUCAGUCAGUUACAAGAAUAUAAAUAAGUGUAACUUUUCACUCUCUCUUACUGAUGCUAGAAUGCCUUUAACUGUUAAACACAAAGUUCAAGUAUGUUGCAACAGUGAUGAGGUUUGCGCGCUGCAAUUAUUGUGACUACGGUCGAAUUUCAUAAAAAGUGCUUGUUGAAAAUGUAAUGUAAUGUUUGUAAUGCAUCUAUCCGGUGAUGAAGUAAAUGUAAGCGGACGGAAAAUCCCAACCAGUUUUGAUUUAUGUAAAAUAAAUGACGAAUGUUUCUAAUACACUUGAAUAUAUGGUGUUUUGUCGACCACCAUGAUGUUCUUUUAGACAGGUAAUACUAUUACUGCACUUAAAAUAUUGUGAAGAGGUGACUUUUAACAAAUUACCAUUAUAUUCAUUUAAUCAUCAUUCUGUUUUGAAGACUUGUUAAGAGCCACUUUCUAGGUGUUUUUGAAGAUGAACACACAGAGAAAGUUCUUCAAACUAAAGGGAAAUAAGAUAAGGUCAUAUAUCAUUUAUGUGAAUUUUCUUCGGCAUAUUUCUUACGGAACGGAAUUUCAACUACUGCUUUUAUUUCUACCCACCUGCUCAUAACAGCUGAGAUGCUUUCAGUACUGACUGAGAGGUUUACUGAAUAAUAAUGCCAGAGUAACCAAUUUAUUUCAAUUGGUUUAAAAUCAAGGGCCUAACCCUAUGGAAUUUUGGAAAUGUAGAUAUGCGGCAACGCCGAAUGGGUGAGUAUUCUUUCAUGAUAAACUAUUAAUGCUUCCUGUAAGGUAAUCAAUGGUGUUCACACUGACUGCUUCAAGCAAUCUCAAUUUCACACAAAUUAACUAGAAUGAAGGCAAAACGGAAUCCAUAUGUUUACAAUAAAUUUAAUCUCCCACAAAUUUUUAGUCUUUUUCAUACUGUUUGUUGUAUUUGAGUAACUUGUGAGUGAUUUGCUGAAAAUUUACCGAUUAAAUAUUAGAAGCAGAACGCAUCUGACUACAUGCCAGUUAUCUCAGUAUAUUUAGCACACACUGCAACUAAUUUGUAGUUCAAGCCUUAGUAACUUAAUUCCGUGAAAGUAAGGAAAGCGCCAUACAUUUGAGAUAAAGUUAUACUACCCAGCGUUUUGAUGCUUGUUCAUUUUUUUUGUCGCCCAUUAUCUAAGCAAAAGAGGAAACAUUCAUAUUCUCUUCUUUAUUCUUAUUCACAGUAAACAGAUUAAAGAACGCAUGUAAGUUCUUCUUCCUGUUUAUUUAAUAAUUUCGGUAAAAUUUCCAUUCACAUCUGAUUUCUGUACCACUUUCAGAGAAAGUGAAAUAGGAUUUGGCGUGUGCAGUAUAACUGUGUCGGAAAAGAAAUUAAUCAAAACUGUCGACCAUUCUUCAAAACAACAUUCAAUUUAAGUAGUCAUUGGAAAGUUUAUUUUCGGAUGGGGAUACAUACACGUACACAUUUCUAAACCAUUGAAAAAUUUUUCCUAGGUCAGAUUAGAUUAUAAAUUAGGCCGUAUGGAUUGAUCUUAUUUAUUCAAAUUGCAUUCAUUUAAUUAUUCGAUUCAGGUAAAAAAGCUUAAU